UGGGAUUGAAAGCUGGCGUGUUUUCAACUGUGGAGAUACUGUGAGAGCGAGAUUCGAGUUUUAUAUCAGCGAAGUUUUUGUCUAAAAUGCCAGGAGGGAAGAAGAAUACUGUAUAUAGAAGAAAGCGGAAAGGAAAGCCUUUUACUGGAGUGCAGAGAUACGCAAAGAAAGCGAAGAAAAUGCCGCGUGCGGAUAGAGAAGUCACAAACUCAGCAUCGAGUUCAUCGUGUGAUGAGGCUCUGUCAGAUGCCGAAAGUGCUUCCAUCAGUGCUUCGAGACUCAAAAUGAGACCAGAAGAUUCACCAGAUAGUUCAUCAAAGAUUUCUGAUGUAAAUGAUUUUCAGGGAGAGGGAUACAGACUUGUAGACCUCAAGAAAUUAUAUGCCACGUUGUCUGAAGCACAUGUGUGCGAGGAAGGGAGUUUAACUCUGAAGGAGAAUUCUUCUGGGAGAAAUGGGCUAAUGGCAGACCUCUCUGUGGAGUGUAGCUCCUGCCUUGAAGCUACACCAUUGAAAACAUCAGAUACAAUAACAAAGAAAGGGCAAUCUUUUGACGUAAAUCGUCGUGCAGUCUAUCAUUCUCUGGAGACAGGAGGUGGCUAUGAAGGGCUAGUAACCUUUUGCAGCAUCAUGAACAUGCCAUGUCUAUCACUACCUGCUUAUUACAAACAAGUAGACACAAUACUUGAGGCUUUAGAAGCUGAAGCCAAAGAUGAAAUGACACAGGCAGGGAUAAGAGUUCGCGAGUACAUCCUGAAGGAAAGUGGAGAUGAAGUCAAUGAUGAUGUAGUCGAUGCAGCCGUUUCGUUUGAUGGUACAUGGGCGAAAAGGGGGUUUACCUCUCUGACUGGAGUUGUUUUUGUUAUAUCUGUAGACACUGGAGAGGUUCUUGACUAUCAUGUCCUUUCAAAAGAAUGCGGGAAAUGUACCAUGAAAAGGUCUCAGUGUCAAACUGACGAGGAGUUCGAAGCAUGGCAGAUUGAGCAUCUUGCUUCCAAUGAGUGUGACAUUAAUUUUAAUGGAAGCUCACCUGCAAUGGAAGCUGAGGGUGCCAUAGUUGUUUGGAGUAGAUCUGUGGAACUGCAUAAAAUAAGGUAUAAAUGGAUGGUUUCUGACGGAGACAGUAAGGCAUUCAAUACUGUGGAGAAUAUAUAUGGCGAUGACUGCAAGGUGGAAAAGCUGGAUUGUGUUGGGCACGUGCAAAAACGCAUGGGCAAGCACCUACUUAAUCUUAAAGCAAGAACCAAAGGUAAACUUGCAGAUGGCAAACCCAUUGGAGGACGGGGCCGACUGACUGAGAGCCGCAUUAAACGCCUUCAGAAGUACUAUGGUCUAGCCAUUAGACAAAACACCCUAACUAAAGCAAACCUAACAGAAAGAGAGGUUGAUGUUGCUGUUUACACCAUGAAGAAAAAUAUCAUUGCCAUCCUCCAUCACAGUGUCCAGUCACAAGAUGCUGCUAAACAACAUCGCUUCUGCCCUGUUGGUGAGGAUUCCUGGUGUAAAUGGCAACAAGAUUGUGCUACUGGAACAAAUACUUAUGAAGCAGGUGACUGUUUGCCUGAAGUGUUCUUUGAACUGCUGAAGCCAACAUUCAUCACACUUAGUGAAACUAAGCUGCUCCAAAGGUGUGUGCGUGGCGCCACCCAAAAUCGCAAUGAAUGCAUCAACGGACUGGUGUGGGCACGCUGCCCAAAACACAAGCAUCAUGGUGCCAAGGUCAUUAGAUGUGCAGUUGCUUCUACUGUGUGCCAUUUUCAUAGUGGAGCUGCCAGCAGAGCAAGAAUAAUGCAGAGACUGGCAAUUCCAGCAGGGGAGUACACUCAGAAGGCCUCAGAAGAAAAGGACAAGAGGCGGUUGAGAAAAUCGGACCUUCAGACCUCUGCUAAAGAAAAGAAGCGCCGGCAAGGAGAGCAAAUGAGGCGCACACGCAGAGAAGAUGCCCUACGGGAGGCUGAUGGUGAUACCUAUGAACCUGGAGGCUUCUAAGUGACUGAAAGAAACAUUUGCUAUGAUAUUGGAUAGUUCAUAGCCAUGCAAAUUUGUGCAGACAAUCUUCGUUUUAGCUUUUUAACUUUAAUCGCACUUUUCUCAAAAUGUGCAUUUUGCGCAUUCUAGAAAACAUAUCUCAUAGAGGAUUUAACCAAUUGACUUGAAAUUUUCAAUGUUUAUUGCUUUCAAAGAGUAUCUGGGGAUGAGCAAAGGGUUUUUCUGUAGCUUUACUUUGUCAAAAGUUACAAAGAAAAUUGUGGUGGAAAUUCACCCCAAAAAUUUUGCUUUACUUUAACUGGAGGCUGGAACCAAAGUUUUUUAUAUUUUUUAAAACUCUAUGCUCAUCCCCAUGAUUAGCCUAUAUACUAUAUAGUUAUAAAAACAAAUCAGAGCUAGCUGCAUUCCAUAUCAAGAUUUCUUUUCUAGAGUACAUGUGGGUUGUGCACAGUAUGGGGUAACAAUAUUUUGCUGGUAUCAGGUUACAAAUAAACUGUGUGCAGAAAUAAUUGAAAAAACUGAAAUCUGUGAUUCAUUAGCUUUUCAGUGAUAUAUGGUUUUAUAUGGUUUGAUUAAAAACUGUGGAUGUGACAAG